UUGAUUUUUGACUGCAGACACUGAGACACAGACACACAGUCACACACACUCACGCAGAGUAUAGACUACAGUCGUCGCUGUUGUUGCUGAGCAAGUACUUGUCUAUUUGCAGCCACGUUCACUUUUCAUUGUUUUUGAUCUCCCGAGUUUCCAUAGUUAUUUACCAACUUCGAGCAAAUAACAAACGUUAUCGAACAUCAAAUUUCAUACGUUUAAAUCAACAUAUCAUCCUAAGUCUCAAGAUGCAAAUCUUUGUGAAAACUCUUACUGGAAAAACCAUAACUUUGGAAGUAGAAUCAUCAGACUCUAUUGAAAAUGUGAAAGCUAAAAUUCAAGACAAAGAAGGAAUCCCACCAGAUCAACAGCGAUUAAUUUUUGCCGGAAAGCAAUUGGAAGAUGGCCGUACGUUAUCCGACUAUAAUAUUCAGAAAGAAUCAACACUUCACUUAGUACUCCGUCUUCGAGGUGGAAUGCAAAUCUUUGUGAAAACCCUUACUGGCAAAACCAUCACUUUGGAAGUAGAAUCGUCAGACUCUAUUGAAAAUGUGAAAGCUAAAAUUCAAGACAAAGAAGGAAUCCCACCAGAUCAACAGCGAUUAAUUUUUGCCGGAAAGCAAUUGGAAGAUGGCCGUACGUUAUCCGACUAUAAUAUUCAGAAAGAAUCAACACUUCACUUAGUACUCCGUCUUCGAGGUGGAAUGCAAAUCUUUGUGAAAACCCUUACUGGCAAAACCAUCACUUUGGAAGUAGAAUCGUCAGAUUCUAUUGAAAAUGUGAAAGCGAAAAUUCAAGACAAAGAAGGAAUCCCACCAGAUCAACAGCGAUUAAUUUUUGCCGGAAAGCAAUUGGAAGAUGGCCGUACGUUAUCUGACUAUAAUAUUCAGAAAGAAUCAACACUUCACUUAGUACUCCGUCUUCGAGGUGGAAUGCAAAUCUUUGUGAAAACCCUUACUGGCAAAACCAUCACUUUGGAAGUAGAAUCGUCAGACUCUAUUGAAAAUGUGAAAGCUAAAAUUCAAGACAAAGAAGGGAUCCCACCAGAUCAACAGCGAUUAAUUUUUGCCGGAAAGCAAUUGGAAGAUGGCCGUACGUUAUCCGACUAUAAUAUUCAGAAAGAAUCAACACUUCACUUAGUACUCCGUCUUCGAGGUGGAAUGCAAAUCUUUGUGAAAACCCUUACUGGCAAAACCAUCACUUUGGAAGUAGAAUCUUCAGACUCUAUUGAAAAUGUGAAAGCUAAAAUUCAAGACAAAGAAGGGAUCCCACCAGAUCAACAGCGAUUAAUUUUUGCCGGAAAGCAAUUGGAAGAUGGCCGUACUUUAUCCGACUAUAAUAUUCAGAAAGAAUCAACACUUCACUUAGUACUCCGUCUUCGAGGUGGAAUGUAAAUUUCUCAGGCCAAUAGCAAUCUAUCUUUAACAAAAAGCAACUGGAAUGCUGUAUAAAAGUUAACAUUAUACUUGAUUAUGCCCUCGAGAUAAGAUAAUGGUUUUUAGUAAAAAUUAUACAAACAUUUAAUCAUAAAUAAUAAAAUAAAAUUCUAUGUUUAUUCAUUUCA